GCGAGGGGCCUCCGGGCGUCAGAGAGAGCUGCGCGCGCAGCUGGACGCGGUGAGUCAGUCGGAGUCGGGAGCUGCAGCGGGAAGAAAAAUGGCGGAGAACGACAGCUGGGAGGUGGAGGACUUUGACCCGGAAGAGCAAAUUCGGAAGAGUGCUGCUGCGGCGGCCGCGGCAACAACAGACCGCUGGGAGGGAGAAGAUGAAGAGGAGGAAGUCAAGGAUAAUUGGGAUGAUGAGGAAGAAGCAGCAAAUAAGGCUGAGGGCCAGGCGGAUUCCCAGAAAGCAGAAAGUAAAGCUAGUGAAAAAAAGAAGUUGAAUGAAAAAAUUAAAGAAAAAGAAAAGCUUCUGAAAAAGAAACAAGAAGAGCUUAAAAAAAGGAUAGAGGAGCCUGAGCCUGAACCUGAGGAAUUGUCACCGGAGGAGCUACUAGCAGAGAAACUGCGAUUAAAGAAACUGCAAGAGGAUGCUGACCUGGAGUUGGCAAAAGAAGCUUUUGGUGAGGUCGCCAAUGUCAGUGGAAUAGACGCCAUGAAUCCGUCCUCUAGAGAUGAAUUUACAGAAUUUGGAAGGUUGUUGAAGGAGAAGAUCACACAGUACGAGAAAUCCCUCUAUUACCCAACGUUCCUAGAAGCACUAUUGCGAGACAUUUGCAUCUCAUUGGAAGUAGAUGACUUGAAGAAAGUAUCAAAUGCGGUAUCAGUUCUGUGCAGCGAGAAACAGAAACAAGAAAAGCAAAAUAAAGCCAAGAAGAAGAAGAAAGGCGUAGUUCCCGGCGGCGGGAUGAAGGCCACCAUGAAGGAUGAUCUAUUAGAUUACGGCGGCGUGGAUGAGGGAUAUAGAGAAUUUGAAGAUUUCAUGUGAGACUCGCUUCAUGUUCACCGCUCAGACCAAGAAGAGAAUCUUCUCCCCUCCCCCCUCCUCUCUUCAAGACUCUGCCAAAUGCUACAGUGGAAGAAUUCAGUCCCUUCACCCAGCCUGCAAAUGUGAUUGGGUGAAUCCAGAUACUACGGGGGUUCUGAUAAAACCCAUCCUCACACCCUGCAUACAUACUUUAUUGCUUGUGCACUAUAUAAUCCCGGGCCUGUGAUCUUUCUGCUCUGGUUGUGGCAUGCAUUGUAUUUGCUGUGCCAUGUUGCAAACAGAGCGGCUUUUUUUUUUUGCGGCUUCCACGCCUCGUUUUGCCCCCACAUACAGGGAGAAAUGGCGGCACAACUUUCUCCACCCCCCCGCUACUUUUUUUUGGCUUCCUCGCCUCUGUCCUGCCCCAACAUACAGGGAGAAAUGGCGGCACAACUUUCUCCACCCCCUCUGCUACUUUUUUUGGCUGCCUCGCCUCUGUCCUGCCCCAACAUACAGGGAGAAAUGGCGGCACAACUUUCUCCACCCCCUCUGCUACUUUUUUUGGCUGCCUCGCCUCUGUCCUGCCCCAACAUACAGGGAGAAAUGGCGGCACAACUCUUUCUCCGCGCCCCUCGCUACCUAUUUUUUUUUGCUUCCUCGCCUCUGUCCUGCCCCAACAUAAAGGGAGAAAUGGCGACACAACUCUUUCUCCCUCCCCCGCUACUUUUUUUUUUUUUGCUU